UCCUGGCUAACCGCGGUUGCAACCUGCGGCUCUACUUUUUUUCUCACUUCUCUUUCAGGGUACAAAAUACGAGAGGGAACUCCGCUCCUCUCUCAGUAUGCAACAUGUUCCUUUUACUACUGACUGCGGUGGUCACCAUAUGCGCAGGCGAUUAUAUACUGCGAGCUUUGCGAUUGCGACGGGCUGAACAAUUAAUAGCGGUUGCGCAUUCAUGCAAAACGCCCGCAAGGCUGGACACUGGCCGCUGGCCUUUGGGAUUGGAAUUGAUUGUCACUGCAUUUCGAGCCGCCGGGCAACAGCGCUUACUGGAACUAAUGAGCCUUAUCGUUGAGAAGACAGGGUCAACUUUCGAACAGAAACUUUUGGGAUCCCGGGGCAUUGACACAGUGGCGCCGUCCAAUGUUGAAGCCAUUCUUAGCACAAAAUUUACUGAUUUUGGUUUGGGAGAGCGAAGGCUCGUGUUCGCGCCUCUACUCGGGGAUGGCAUUUUUACGCAGGAUGGACAUGCCUGGGCCCAGUCCCGCGCUCUCCUGAAACCUGCAUUUCGCCACAAUGAUUCUGUAAUGGCCCAAAUAGCAGAAGCAACCGAGGAACUAAUCUGCCGUAUUCCCGAGGGCAGCCUUGUUGAUCUCCAGCCUUUGUUUUUUCGCUUCACACUCGAUACGACAUCCUAUCUUCUCUUUGGGCAUAGGCUGGGCGGCUUGGAGUCCGACUUGAGCGAAAAAUUUGCUUCUUUUUCAGCCGCAUUUGAUAGAGCUCAAGAUUGCCUCGCAAGGCGCGGUCGGUUGGGGCCGCUUUAUUGGUUGAUAGACGGCCCCCAAUUUCGAAAAGACUGUGCUCGCGUCCACGAACACAUAGAUGGAGCCAUCGAAAAGGCUCUACAAAAGUCGAAUUCUCUGGAUCAAGAAGCGACAUACACCAUUCUGGGUGCUCUGAUAAAGGAGACCCAGGAUCCCAAGGUGCUACGCGAACAAUGCCUGAACGUUCUUCUCGCGGGGAGAGACACCACUGCAUGUCUUCUGAGCUGGACUUUUCGCUUGCUGGCUCGAAACCCCACUGUUUUUGAUCGUUGCCGAAAAGAAGUCAUGGAAAUAUGUUCCGAGCGAGAACAAUUGACUCGCCAACAGCUAGAACGCAUGAAGUUCGUAGACGCUGUACUGAAAGAAGUGCUCCGUCUUUAUCCUUCGGUGCCGAUUAAUUCCAGGGUCGCGAACUGUACUACGGUGCUCCCUACUGGUGGUGGUACUGACGGGAAAGCACCAGUUCUGGUGCGAAAAGGUGAGGCAGUUGGCUAUUGUCCAUAUAUAAUGCAUAGACGGGAGGAUGUCUUUGGCUCAGACGCAAACAUUUUCCGCCCGGAUCGAUGGCUUGAGAAUGAAGGUCGACUUUUCUCUUCCGCUGGUUAUGGAUAUAUCCCCUUCAACGCUGGUCAAAGGAUCUGCCUUGGUCAAAGAUUUGCGAUGCUAGAAGCAUCAUACGUUGUUGCGAGUAUCUUGUUAAAGUUCUCCAGUCUAGAAAUCCCUGCCGAUCAGCCCGUGGAGUCAAUCGGCACUGAACAACAAAAGUUGACAUUAGUAUUAUGUAGCGCGGACGGUUGCAGGGUCAUACUCCGGUGA